AACGGAAAGGGGUUUUCAAAAAUUGGAAAAGAAUCAAUGGCGGAGUCGGAAUCGGAGCAAGAGCUCAUUGAUGAAGGAGAGCUGGAGAAAAUGGAGUGGGAGGUGAGGGAGAUGGCGAAGAAGAUAAGAGAGUACAGGAAAACCCUACCGGAUAACCUCAGGAACACCCUUGAUUCCGCGCUUUCCUCCUCUCAUAGCUUCUUCCCCAGCAUCUCUUCCGGGUCGGAUCCUCUUCCCUCUUCUUCUCAACGCCUCACUAUCGCCCCAGGAACUCAAGACCAAGACUGUGAACAGAAAUUGAUUCAGCUCAAGGAAACAGUGUCGAGGAACGCUGCAAACAUGCCUAAAGUUAUAAAGAGAGUGCGUGAAUGUGUAGAGCGGAUUCACAGACUCGAUUCUUUGGGCGGAAGAACCAUUCACCCUGCUUUCACUAGGCGCAGACUCAACUGACCUCCCUCUCUCUCUAUCUUUCUUUUUAGACUUUCUAUCCAUUGUAUUUUCUUAAGAGUUAUAUUAUGUGCUGCUGAGCUGAUUUGUUAAAAAUAUGUUAUUCUAGAUUCAUUUUUUUUUUGGCUGUGUACAUUAAUCGGUGACUCUUUAACAGAUUCUCUGUGUUUGAAUUGAA